AUGUGCCGGCAAUUCAACGACCCACUCGCUCGCUUCCAAGGUUCCUGUGACGCAACCCAACAACGCGCUCCGCCCGAUCCUCGCUCAACCGCUUUCACUGCUCAACCUGUUGGCAUGAAGUACGGCGACACAUUGAGACAGCGGUCCAUACCAGAAUGGGGCCAUUACAACAUCGACUACGACUACCUUAAAGACCUCAUCAAACACCAGACGACGCCGGGCACGAACAAGGCUGUAUCCAUCCCAGGCCAGGGCGAGAGCACCGAGCGCGCAUUCGGCGACACCUUCUUCAAUGUCCUGUCGCAACAACAUGAUCGCAUCAACCUCUUUGUGCGGAGCAAGAGCGGCGAGAUUGAGCGGAGACUGGAGCACAUUAGCAAGACCCUAGACCAGCUGCGCGCACGACGCGACCCGGCGAGCGGGCGUCUUCCUGCGCGGACUGUGGAGAGAUAUGCGAAGAUCGAUGCAGAUGUCGCGAGAACCGGAGAGGAGAUCAGGUCGCUCUCCCGAUUCCAAGUGACCCAGCGAACGGGCUUUAUCAAGAUACUCAAGAAAUACAAGCGCUGGACAAAGGACAGGGAGCUCAGUCAUGUCUUUAAGCAGGAAAUUAGCGGUCGGCCGGAUAGUUUGUUCCAGCUCGAUUUGGGCUAUCUCUUGGAUCAAUACAUCGAUGUGCUCGACGCACUCCGCUCCGCUUUUGAUGCGGAUGGUGCCUCUACGUCCAAUGCCGAGAACGCCAACGGUCAAUCCUCAGCUGCUCGCAUAUCCAGAAUUCUUGAAAAGGGCGACGACCUAGACUUUGACCUGGCACUGAACACGGUACCAUUGGGCUCCAAGGGCAAUAAAGCAACGUAUUGGAUACAUCCGGACCAUAUCGUUGAGGCACAAGUCUUGCUACUCCAGCAUACGCGUCUGUACAUCAGCAAAACCAGGCGAAACGCAUCUGUUAGGGGAACGCCUAUCCGCCGUCAUUCCUCCACAGCCAAUCUUGACCCGUACUUCGGCAACGAAGAUACGACAGGUCUCGUUGUCUUAGAUCACGCAGAAGCUUUCGCGUUUAAACAAAACGCAAGUACAAUUGGAGCGACGGAAGAACUACAGGGGAGUAUCGGGAUCAAGGCGGCUGGUCAGGUGCGGUGUUGCGCCACUGGUGAAGCGGCGGUCGUUGUAUGCACAACAGAGACAAGUUCACAAGGUCAAUCGCCGGGCGCUGUCAAGACAGCAAAGAUGGACCGCAGACGCCUGUCAAACUUCCUGGAUAAAUCCGCGAAUGAGGGUAGCACGAAGCAUACUGGAAACUCGAAUGGAUCAGUCGAUGAUGAUACCUCGGCGGUCCGACAAUGGCUUGCUGAGCACCAGUCUACUAGGCCCAUCGCUGGUGUGGUCUCCAAACGCACACGAUUCACGGGGCUGCACAACAACUCAACGGGAGGUAUAUGGGCGACGCUAGACAAAGAUGUUUACAUGAAAGACUCGUUGUACAAAGACCUGGCAGACGAUGAUUGGACUUCAACUGCUCGAGCAGAAUCAGCAAAGAGGUUUCCUCACGCUAUUCUCGAGAUCCGCCGUGAAGGCAACCAAGCAAUGGCACUUAUCCAGACCCUUGAUCGGAGCCAUUUGGUUGAACGUGUUCGAGGCUUCUCGUUAGAAGCACACGCUGUGUGGACUUGUUGCCAGCCCAGCGCCAUGUCCGCUCCUUUCUGGAUCUCCCUCCUCGAGAAAGACAUUCGAAAACUUCCAGAGCCGGUGAAGAAGCGGAGCCGCAGGGCGCGAGACAGUAUGACUGGCUCCCAAGUUCAAUUAUCGCCUCCAGCAACCUCGACAUCCAACACAUCGUAUGACGGUCAAUCCAGCCCACUUGCCUCCCGUUACGAGGAGUCUUCUGCAACAUCGGUACAUGAAUUUGUCGACCCACCACCACUACAGGCCUUCAGGAAGAAGAGUCGAAGACCGUUUUCUGAAUACCCUCCACCCAUGAACCGGGACGAACCUGAACCGGAAGUGCAGCAGAGGUAUUGGAACGAAUACGACCAUCCGGAGGAUGAAGAGACUGGUUACUACAUCUAUGUGGAUCCUGACGCGCCUAUCAAAUACCCUGGUCAAGACUUCGUCGAAGCGUUGGCAAAGAAGACAAAGAAGUUGUUCGGUAUAAACGACAAAGCUGAUCAGGCAUCGCUUUCCACUGCCGAGGACUCGGAUGAUGACGACACGGUCGACUCCUCGCCCAUAAUACACGCCGCAAACUAUGGAACAAUAGACUCUCGUGGCCAAGCAGCGAGCCAAAACGGCUACUUCAGCACACUCUUUCGUUCCCUCCGCGAUCCCCGACAUGAUGCCGACCUGCUCCACGAGCGUCGCGCAUUGCUUGGUCAGGUAGAGACUCAUCAACACAAGAUUGAAAUGACCAAGCUGCGCUUCUACUCUACUGCACUGGGCGCGGCUGUUGUCAUAGACCUCAUCUUGGGUCUCAUGACAAUGACAAGCCGGAAGAAGGAACGAGGUGUUGUCGACGCUGCUGUCUUGCUAGGUACUAUCUGUACGCUGAUGCUCUGCGUUGUAGCAGUUAUCAGUAUGCGGACACGCCAAGACCGUUUGGGCUUGGUUCACCAGGGAGCAGUCCUGAGUAUCUCUGGUGCGGUUGUGGCGUUGGACGUAUUGUUGCUUUUGUGGGUGUUGAGGAUAUAGGGAAUGGCAUUUGCAUAUGCGUUGUUGCAUUUGGGUAGCUAGGUGUCCAGGUGUUUGGGAUGAGGCAGUGAAUAUGUGCCAUAAUGCUACUGGUGACCAAGCUCACAUGACAGCGACGUAGGUCUUCAAUGUGUUACACGCAGAAUUAAAUAUACCCUAAGUUGUAC